AAGUAGGUAAUGUCCGAAAAUAGAUCUGGCUGGAAACUGAGGUCUCCCCAGCGGGAGUUCCGCAUUUAGGGAUGGGGGCGGUGGAUUGUCACUGCCACCUCGCGGCGCCCGAGUUCCACGCGGACAUUGAAAGUGUAUUGGAAGACACAAAGAAGGCUAAAGUUUUGGCCUUGGUGGUAGUUGCUGAAUACUUAGCAGAUUUUGAAAAAAUUAUUCAACUUUCUAAAAGGUACCCAGGAUUUGUCUUUCCAUGUCUUGGCAUUCAUCCAGUUCAAACUAGUCCAGCAGGACUUGAGAGCAGUGUUACAUUAAAGGAUGUAGAUGAAGCAUUGCCACUCAUAGAGCUCUAUAAAGACCAGCUGUUGGCCAUUGGAGAGGUUGGUUUGGAUUUCACUCCCAGAAUUGCAAGUACUGAUGAGCAGAAGGAAAGGCAAAGACAAGUCUUGAUCAAACAGAUUCAACUUGCAAAACAACUAGAUUUGCCUUUAAAUGUCCACUCCCGCUCAGCUGGAAGGCCAACCAUUAACCUCUUAAAGGAGCAAGGUGCUGAAAGGGUGCUGCUCCAUGCAUUUGAUGGCAAGCCUUCGGUGGCAAUGGAAGGGGUGAAGGCUGGCUAUUUCUUCUCCAUUCCUCCUUCCAUUAUAAGGAGCGAACAAAAGCAGAAACUUGUGAAACAGCUGCCCCUAGAAAGCCUUUGCUUAGAAACUGACUCUCCUGCUCUAGGUCCUGAGAAACAGGUGAGGAAUGAACCAAAGAAUAUCUUCAUUGCUGCAGAAUAUGUUGCUAAACUAAAAGGCAUUUCAGUGGAAGAAGUUCUAGAGGUGACAACACAGAAUGCACAGAAGAUCUUCCCCAAACUGAAAAACUUUCUCCGGAAAUAGCUUAUCUUCUCUUUCUGAAGUGGGAGACCGGCAGCUGACCUGCCCCCCAGUAGCACAUGCAUCCCUUGGGGCUGAAAACAUUGCCACCACCUCCAGUUCUGAUGUGUCUUAAUCUAAAGCCCUGAUUUCUGUGCCAUCUUGCUCUGACCUUCAUGUGAAUGUGACUUCACAGGCUGCAUAAUUUUAAGUUUGGAUGGUUCUGUCUUUGUUUCUUCCAUCAUUUUAUCAAUUGAACUGCAUCCCACACAAUGCCAUUCAAUUCUGUUUAUGUUCAUUCAGAUUUUUAUUCUAAAUAAGAACCCUCUUGACUAUUGAACUCUUUAAAUUUAAUAUCUGUUAAGGUAUUCUCUUUGGGCCUAAUAAACAAACAUAAAAAGGAUCUUGUUUGCUAAAAGUGUGGUUGUGGAGGUUGGGGUGCUUGGAGUAGGGACUCAGGAUAUCCAGAUUCUAGUCCCCACUUGGCUGUGGAGCUCGCUGGGUGACUUGGGCCUGUCAGAGACUCUUAGCCCAUCCUACCUCACAGGGUUGUUGUGAGGAUAAAAUGAAGCUAUGUAAGCUACCUUGGAGUCUUCACAAGAAGAAUGUGAGAUAUAAAUGGAAUGUAAUAAUAAAGUCGUGUCUAUUUCA